AUGCUGCUCCGAGGAGAUAUUUUCUUUUUCACAGCUUUGGCAAUCGCCUCAAAUCUACCUACCCUUCCCUUUCCUAUUGCCAGCCUCUCUCGCGCACCGUUCCGCCCAUUCGCAGCUCUCUCCAGCUGUUGUUCGUUUCAUAGCAGUGCGGUGGACUCAACUCCGAAUGCUUUUCCCUGGUUCAGGACGCCCGCCGCCCCACCAAAGGACGGGAGGAUGAACGCAUCGCGCAACGCCCAGCCCUCCAAUAACACCGGCGUGGGGAGCCGGGGCGUAUCAGUUCAGUCAUCUUCGAAUGUUCCUCUGUCAUCCUCGAUCGUUCCCGGCCGGAAAAUUGGAUCGCUGAUGCUGGCGCCCUCGCACGCGGAAUUUUAUUCCGUCGAAAAUUGCCCUUUGCUCAUGGAGGUCGAGGAAUUUGAGGUUCCCAAGCUUUCAGAUAUCGCCGAUGCUGCCUCUUUCGCUACGUACCCAUUUUCGCCUCACAUAUCAUAA